AUGUCAACGGCCAAGUACGCCACCGGCAGCGGUCAGCCCGUGGCCGACGACAAAGUGGAACGCGACGAGGAGGCUCCGAGCAUCCCCGAGGGCGCGCCCUCGCUCCCCCCUCGUCCGGCUUGGUGCGACGUCGAGCUGGUCCUGACGAGAUCCGACUUGUCGCCUUCUGCCGGAAGGCGGGACCCGAUCCAGCCUUCCGCCGUCGAGGACCUUGUCAUCAGCAGCUCGUCAAACGGCACCACCGCAACGUCUACGUCUGAGCUCGCCAGUCUCCCGACCCCGAGGGAGCGCACGAGCGGGGGAAGGCCUCGAGCCGCAACCUUUGCGGGCCGGCUGGCCGGUGCCAAGCUGUCGCUGCGGCCCCGACCCGUCUUUCAAUCUCAGUGGACCAGCGCACAGCCUCCGGAGGGCAUGGACGGUAUCGUCGACCCUGCAUCUGUGUCAGCAGUCAGCGCAGCGGUUGCUUCGUGCAGACCGAGAGCUUGGGUGGCACCGUCCGACUGGGAUGUGGCGGCAUCGCCUCCGGAGCGAGUUCGAAGGCAGGAUGGCGCAGUCAUGCCGCUCGAUGGGCCAGACGCGGGCUUGGCCGACGGAUCUCAGGUCGAGAGUCUGCGGAUCUAUCUCCACCUCGUUCCAUCUUCGCCGACCUCGGCGGCGGCAUCUACCUCGGCUCAAGGGAGUGCUGCUUCGCAACAGCAGCGUUUCUCGCACCGACGCGAGACGUGCAGCUUCUCCUCGCUCGGCAGCGGCGGCGCGGCGCGGCUCCGGAGCAAGAGCAUCGAUGUGCCGCGCGAGAUGACCCGGCUGCAGCUGACGAGCAGCAGCACCGUCAGCGCGUCGAUGCUGCCUCUGUCGAUGCUGGCCAGGACGGAGCUGGAGACCGACACCGCGUUCGGCGCCAUCACCGAGGGGAUCAUGGAGAGUUUCUCGUCUUCGGCGGGACGGUGGGUGCUGACGGUCACCGGGGUCCAGCAGCCCGCUGUCGGUCCGCGAUCUGCAGGGGAGCAUCACGAGGGCUUGGGCGGCGGAGUAUCCUUCCUCGAUCAGGACGCCAACGGCGAAGAGGCACGCACAGUCUCGUGGCAGAUGCGACUCGACAGCCUCGAGAAGAUGAUGAGCUGGCGAGCUGCGAUUGAGGGCAGAGGCGGCCGACGGAAGCCAGCGUACGGCAUCGCCUUCGCCUUCAACCGGUAG